UAUGACUACUUUUUUAUAAUCAACAUUUACAAUAUCUGCGAAGCCAAACUAUGAGUUUUUAUAGAAUUAAGUUGAUACUGACUCAGAUAAUGAAGAAUAGAAAUAGAAAUUAUAAUAAGUUCAUGAUCAUUAGAAGGAACACAAAAAAUUUAAGAAAUUGAUUGAUAUAGAGUUGGUUAAAGAGGAAUUGAAAAGCAGACCCAAUGUUGAAAAGCAAUUAAGUUCGCUUUAAAAGAAAUCAAUUUCAAAAAUAAAAAGUGUCCGUUCGCUGAAUGAUCUCAUAAUGCCAACUUCUCCAGUUUUAAUGGAUCAAUUAAGCAAUUUGAAUAAAAUAAAAGAGAUACGAAAUGAAGUGCCUCCAGAACUAAUGGGUAGAAUUUACUCUGAAUUUAGGUAAUUUAUCAUAAAAUUAAUUAAGAUAUGAAUUUGUGUCUGCCCUAAAUCCUGUUUAUCGCUAGGGAGAUUAGAAUAAAAGAUUUUAUAUAGUGCUAGAAGGGAAGGUGGUGGUGAUGAAACCAAAGUUAAAGAUGGUGGGGUCCAGUAAAAUAGAAUUUGAUGAUAACUUGAAAUAAAAAAAUCAAGGAAAAAAUGAAGAUGAUCCAUUUGGAUUAAAAAUUCUCUUUCCUGAUUACAUUAUACUAAAAAUUUUAUUUCCAGGAGAGUAUGUGUAUCUUAAUUCUAUUUUUAGCUCUUUUGGAGAGGCAGCCAUUAAAUUAGAUACCACCAGAUCAUCUACGGUUUUUACUUUAGAGGACACCCACUUAAUCUAUUUAAAUGAAACAGCUUAUCUCGAAUAUAUUAAUCCUUAUUUAAGUAUUUCUUUGGAUAAAAAAAUUAAAUACUUUGGAUCAACUCCACUGUUUCAAAAUAUCAAUACAGAAGACUAUAUGGGUAUAGUUUUGGAAAGCAAGAUGAUCACAAUGAAGGCAGGAGAGCUAUUUUAUGAGGAAGGAGAGAAAACUAAAUACAUUUAUUUUAUAAUCAAUGGGGAAAUAGAAUUGUUAAAGAAAGUAGGAAGCAAAUCCAUAAUUUUAUCUUCUUAUGGGGAAUUUCAAUGUUUUGGGGAGGUUGAGAUAAUGAUGAAAAUAAAUAGAUAUACAAAAGCAAAAGUGAUUUCCCCAAGGGUUAAUUGUUAUAAAAUCAGAAAGAGAAGAUUUUUUGAUAAUUUAGGGAGUUUUGGAACUUAUGAAAAUAUGAAAAAACACUCAUCCGUUAUUUAUAAGCAUUGGUAAUUGAUCUGUAAUAGUGUGUAAAAAUAGAUUAAUCCAAGAGAUGAGGUACAAAAAACUUAAUAUUCAAUAGGUUUAUGAAGCUGCUUAGAAUGACAAUAAAAAUAGACCAAACUUAUUGGCAAGCUCUAUUUUAAAUAAGAAGGUCAUUGAAUCCUAAGGUUAAAAGCUAAGUCAAAUCAAAGUAUUUUAGAAUUUGGCUGAUUAAAAGAUAAAGGAUUUAAAAAAAUUUAGUAGUGAUAGUCAGUAUCUUCUGUAAAGAGUGUAUAGCAAUACUCUGCAACAAUACUAAGCUAAGUUAUUGAAGAAACCUUAAUUAGCAUUUUGUGAUUCUGAUUCAUCAUGCAUAAGAAACCAAAAUCAAAACAAAUAACCUACUAACAUAAGUAUUAACCAAGAUGAUAAUUCCACAAGAAACCCUUUAAAUGAAAAUAGUAUUGAUCUUAAGUUAAACUCCCAUAGAUCAUCUGUUGUAAUAAAAAGAGAGAGCUAGUAAAAGAUAUCACUUCCCUCUCUACAUCCAUCCUUGCAUUUUGUUAGACAUGAACCUUAAUCAUUAAACUCUGUUUUAGAAUCCAUAAGCAAAUUGCCUCGUGUUCCAAAAGAUAAUUUGGUCAUAUCUUUGAUGUAUUAAUAAGCAUACAAAGCUGAAAAUCCAACUAGGAAGGCCAGAGAAAUAUAGCAAGUUAUUCAAGCUUAAUACAGGAAUGUAUAGAACACAUUUUAGCCUUAAAAACGCAAUUUAACUGAAAUUUAGACAAAAUCAAAUGAGCAUAAAAUAAUAAAGAAUUUACAACUGUAAGGAUAGUUAAGUACGAGAUCAUAAAAGAAAUAAUUUCUGAAUUUUGUACUUCCAAAAGAGAUCAUAGGAGGAAAUCAAAGUAAUUGA